GGUAUAACCAUUCAGUUUUAGGAGAAGCCAAUUGUUUCUAAACAAUUUUAUUUCUAUCAUCUGCAAUUACGUUCGCAAGUCAGUGUGCAGACAAUGGCUACAGCAACAGCCUCUCCCAUGGCCAGCCAGCUGAAAAGCAGCUUUCUCUCUUCCAGCACUAGGGGUCUUGUCACCCCCAGGGGCAUUUCCGGAUCACCAUUGAGAGAUAUGCAUUCCAGAAAGAGGCCUUGCCUCACAGUUAAGGCAAUCCAGUCUGAGAAGCCAACUUAUCAAGUGAUCCAGCCCAUCAAUGGUGAUCCAUUCAUUGGAAGCCUCGAGACUCCGAUCACAUCGAGCCCACUGAUCGCCUGGUACCUCUCCAACCUCCCAGCCUACCGCACUGCGGUGAGCCCACUCCUCCGGGGCAUCGAGGUUGGCCUAGCCCACGGCUUCCUCCUCGUCGGUCCCUUCGUCAAGACCGGUCCACUUCGUGACACACCAUAUGCAGGAACAGCCGGAUCACUGGCCGCCGGUGGCCUUAUUACGAUCCUCAGCAUCUGUUUAACCAUGUAUGGCAUUGCUUCAUUCAACGAGGGUGAGCCAUCCACAGCACCGUCACUGACGCUAACAGGCCGGAAGAAGGAGGCCGACAAGCUGCAGACCGCCGAGGGGUGGGCGCAGUUCAGCGGCGGGUUUUUCUUUGGAGGCGUCUCUGGUGUCUUCUGGGCUUACUUUCUCCUCUAUGUCCUCAACCUCCCCUACUACAUUAAGUAGAUUGACUGUCUUGUCUCCGUUCUCAAACUAGUAUUUGUAUUUGUUUACUUGGAAAGGACUGAAAUGGGCAGGCAACCUUUGGAUUAUAAAGGACCAAGGAAAAUUAAAUCCAUCUAGCAA